CGGCAGUCGACCCUGCAGCCUGCCCCGCAGAUUGGCAUGUCACUCGCCAACACGCCAGUGGUCGUCAUCAGCAGACCCAUGCCCCAGCAGCCACGACGACGGCCCACCAAACCCAGGCCUGCCGAUCGCACGAAGCGGUACGGCAUGAUCUUCCCCAAGAGCCCACUGCACGACCGGUACGACUACGACGAUAACGAGAGUACAUGGUCCAUGUCGCGCUCCCGGACGUCGCGCCGUGCCACUACAAGCAGGGACACUAGCGCAUACUCUCGGAACAGCAGCCCCGCGCAGGAGAUCGCUGCGCGGUACAGGGCGUCGCACUCGGGCGAGUUGCGAGCGCGGCCGCGCGUGUCGUCCUCGGUCACCUACCUGGACGUGCCGAGCACGGAUGGCCUCUCCGUCGAGAGCUCGAUGUCCCCGCGGGUACGCGCCCGGGACUCGCGAACCACCGCUAUGAGCCAGGCUUCCGGAGAGGCGUAUGUGAUGGCGAUUCGAUGGGGAAGGGACAGGAACAUUCCCUGCCAGCGACCGGGCUGCCGAAAUGUUCUCCCCAACAUCCGGGCUCUCACGUCCCAUCUCACACUACACGACAUCGAUCCUGUAGAGAGAUACAUCCCGCAGCCACCUUACGACUCGUUCCUCGACAUGCGUCCGUCCGGUGGAGGACGGCAGCGGCGGCGGUAUGCCCCUUCUCCAGCCCCUUAUGCCCAUUCUGUGCGGCAACGACGCAAGCUGCGCGAGUACUUGACGAUGCUCACUUGCUGCGGCAUCGGCUGUCGUGCGCGCCAUGAUGACUUCUGAGGAUCUGCUCUCCCCCAUGCAACCUCGUUCUGGACUCGUUUGAGCUGAAGCCGCCCACCAGAGCUGGCUCGGGCUCUGUGUUUAUUUGCCUAUAGCCAAUUGUAGCCGCCUUGGCUUUCGCACCACUGUAUCCCUACUUGGACUGUUCUUCGCCGCUACUGACCUGGUUGUAUUACCUACUAGCUAAUAUUUUCGUUCGCACAUGUAGCUUCUAACCCGCCUACAUUUACUAUGCCCGUACUCCC